GUAAACGUAAACUUUUGUUGAAAAAAUGCCGAGUUUGUUUUGGUGUAGUGCGUUUACUUUAGCUUGCGUACCUACCUAACGUUUAUUCCUGAUACCUUUCGUUUAUUUCUGGGUAACUGUUUGUGGUUAGAUGGAUUGUGAAUGUAAAUGAAAUGUGCAAAUAAGUGAAAACAGUGUAUAUCAACGAUAUUGUGUGUGCGCAGUAUCAUGAGAACGACAAUGUCAACAAAAGGAAAGGAGGCGGUGCCCGGUAAUGACACUGCUGGCACUGGUCCUACUCAAACGCGUUUUCCAUACCUAAAACCGACAUUCAUAUUAUUGUUAUUAUCAAGCAUGUUGGGCUGCUUUGCGUUCGUGUCCGGUAGCUCAGUAUCUGAGGAGGUUUGGAAGACAAUGGGCGGCUCAGCGGCUUACCUUAGUACUGCGAUCAGCACGGCCAACGUUACGGUCAAACGUCUUGUCGAUGAGAUGAUAACUACACUGGGACGCGUAAUCAACACUCACGUACACGCGCAGAAUAUGGAGAAACUUAAAUAUGCUGUGGCCAUGAGCAUUGGUGGAGCAGCACUGAGUUUUCUGAUUGAGUUCUUUGAUGCCACUAUUCCUGGAGAGAUGCCACCAACACCCCUUUCACCUCGCAGAUUCAGGGACUGUGAAUGAAAUUUUGCAGGAGGAGAAGUGGGCACGCCGUUCAUACACCAUACAUCAUUCCCAUGCUAGUUGGCAUUGUGGGAUUUCUGGCUGUGUUUCUGUAAGAUCCAGACUCCAUUCAGUACGGUACACCUGUAGGUGGUACACAUCUAUCUUUAGAAUGUUACACUAUGAUGUUUCAGUCAAAGAAUAACGUUGCUCCAUUUUUCGGGAUUAUUCUCCACAUGGUUUGAUCUCGCUGCAUACGUAUUAUUAUGACACAGUUUCAGUGAGAAAUAGCUCAAAUCAUGCCAUUAAAAAUCCCAGUGUUUGUAUAGUGUGUGUAACCUAGAUACAGUUCCACGGUGUUAUCUUACUGCUGUAUCUAUAGAGCAGCACUUGCCAUAUGUCACUAAUCACAUGACUCAGACUCUCUACUGUAACACACAGCCGCCCAACUACGAGAAAUGUGUUAGGCAUCUGUUAGGUCAAGUUAUUAGCAAUUUUUUUAAAUCAAUUAUUUGUGGCUCCCAGCUGUCAGUAUAUUUAUGCUUAGGUGAAAUAUAUUGGGUGUAUCUGGGGGGUGGGCAGGGGCGGAUCCAGAGGGUUUGGGUGACCAGUUUCCAUAUGUUCUUCUGCAGCUAGGGGGGUCCGGGGGC